CAACCAGGAAAAAGUCAAAUAUACCAACUCUGAAAACCAGUAAGCACCAGCAAAAUUUCCUCUCCACAGCUCAAUUAGCCAAGUAACAUACAGCAUUACAUCACAAAAUAAACUUGACUAAGGUUCUUAGGCUGGCCGGCCAUGGCAAAUGAUAUUCUAUUUGUCAUCCCCCACAUGUCCAGUUGUCGAUCCAAAAUAGCUAGCCAACCUAUCACAAAGAAAAAAAAGGAAGAACCACAAGGGACAGCCUAAAACAGGGAAAGGCCCUCAGUACACAGAUUGCUGGGACAAUAGAACAGGAAAUGAAGCUGUGGAGAAGGGCUUCCGGAGCUCUAAAAGAUCAAAACAGCUUAUUAGCCAUCAGCCUAUCAAGGCAAACUUGGUAUCGGAAUUCAGAUCUCGAGGCUGCAAUCAUCAAGGCCACCAGUCAUGAUGAGAGCUACGUAGAUUACAGGAAUGCCCAGAGAGUCUUUACAUGGAUACGCACAUCUCCGGUGAGCCUGAAGCCCUUGAUAUGGGCUCUCACUACACGGAUGGAGAAGACGAGGAGCUGGGUUGUGGCCAUAAAGGGGUUGAUGCUAAUGCAUGGUGUUUUCUGUUGUAAGACCCCAGCCGUGCAAAGGAUCGGAAGGUUGCCAUUUGAUCUAUCAAACUUCACUGAUGGACACUCAAAACAAGCAAAAAUGUGGGGCUUCAACACCUUUAUUCGCUCUUAUUUCUCGUUUUUAGACCAAAGAUCUGCCUUGUUUUACGUACAACAGAAUCAGACAGAAGAACCAAUGGUGCAGGAGCUUGUAAAGUUGAGAAACUGGCAAUCUUUGCUUGACAUGUUGCUCCAAAUUAAGCCAAUGGCAGACAACAUGAAAGAGGUUCUAAUUACAGAGGCCAUGGAUUGUGUGAUCAUUGAAAUAUUCGAUGUUUACGGCAGGAUAUGCAAAGGGAUUGCAAGGGUUCUCAUGGGGAUAUAUUCAGCUGGGAAACUUGAAGCUACCAUGGCUUUUAAGAUUCUUCAAAAGGCAAAAGUUCAAGGUGAGGACCUUGCUCUAUAUUUUGAAUUUUGCAGGAACUUCGGUGUCUUCAACGCAUUGGAAGUUCCUAAAGUCACACAGAUCCCAGAAGCAGAUAUCAAAGAUCUUGAGCGUAUAAUCAACGGAGUUCCUGAAGCGAAAAGUUACAAAAAUGUUAAUGAUGAGGAUGAUAAUAAAGCAAUAGUGGUGAAAGAUGUUGCCAUUGUUGAAGAGAAAGAACCAAACAGUAGAUUGAAGACAAUAGUAACAGACAAAUGGGAGAUUUUUGAGGAAGACGUGAAUAUCAAUUCUCAAGGAAAUCACGAGACCUCUCAUUUCAGAGCAACUUCUUCUGCAGAGAAUCCUCCAAAUUAUCUACCCAUUGUACCUGUUUAUCAUGAACAAGAGAUACCGGAUUUUAUUUGUUUCUAUUAGUUGGGUUAGAGAUUCUCAAUAUUCCCUUCAGCGAGUCUCGUCCACUAAUGAAGUCGGUUUUUGUUAAGAAAGAAAGUUCUGUUUA